GGACCGAACGAAGCCAACUGUCAAAGUUUAGUAGCCUAGCCCCAGACGAUUCUAGCUCAGUCCAACUUUUGCUUCUAUUCCGAACACACCUAAUAUUGUUAACAUUUUUUUUACGAAACUUGCUAUUAUGGCUAAGGCUAAAGUAAAUCAGUGGGUCGGUCAACUCCGUGACAUGGGAAGAGUCCUGCGCUGGAAUAUUCCCUCCAUAGACAAAGCCAGAUGGUCCCUGUCCUGGAUUCAGACCGCCAGGAAACCUUUAACCGCACCGUUGCCCAAAAUGAACCCGUCCGAAGCCAAUAAAUUCCCCAAGAAAUCCGAGGCGCAGGGAGUUGGCCUAAAUGGUAUACGUGAUCUUCAGCUGGGCGAUCCAUCGAUUCCGAAAAUCGAAAAUGAAAUGACGGCGCGGCCCCAAAAUGGUUUCAUAAGUCGAGCCCUCUACUACCGCAGGUUCUACCUCAAACGCUGAAAGGACUUCCAAAAUACCGAAACAUAAUCAAAAUCUAAAAUCAAAAUCAAAAUUUCAUUUGUAAUUAGGAAUUUUAUACACGGGACUCGUACUUCUUGAUUAACCGAAUAGUUUUAAGGCCGGUUAUAAGUGCUAAAUCAUCCCAGCUACUUCUAUAUUACGAAAAUUUCCAAAAUUUUUAACGUAAAAAAAGGAAACAGAUUUGUAAAUUAACUCGUGGCACACUUGUAGCUAAAAUCAAUUGAAAUUGUAAACAUUAAUAAACAUUUGUAUUUUUUAUAUUAGGCCAAA